CACAUACUGAAAUAGAUGAUUUUGCGUGUUUCUGAUGGCAGUUGUCUUCGAUUCUUCCAGCUGUGUGGUUGCCCAGAGAACCUGCGCCCUUCUAGUCCAGUCCACGAGGGUCGAGUGAUGGUGGGCGUCCAGCGGGCGUCGUGAUGCAGGGUGGGUGUGGGCGUAGCGGGGGCGGCCAUCUCACGCCGACAGAUGAGGUUCCUUGUGGGCGUGGCUGUCGUCUUGCUGUUCGGCGCCAUCUUGACGGCCCUCAACGUGUACGAGCUGCACAGGCUGACCAAGGAACACUGGAGCAGGGACCAUCUCCCCGGGGAGCCGUUGGCGGAGGCGAGGGGCGCCGCCCACUACGAGCGCCCCGUGGCCUGGGUCCGCGGCAACAAGAAGGGCUCCGGCUACCUCAUGCACGUGACCAACGUCUUUCACCGCCUCGGCUAUGAGCUCUCGGAGGACGGCGACGACUGGGACGUUCUGUGGUCGCACAACUACCCUUUCCGGGAGCUGAAGGAGAUGAUGACCAAGCUGAAGCCCCACCAGAGGGUCAACCACUUUCCCGGCUCGGGCUUCAUCACCAACAAGGUCAACCUCGCCACCUCAGGCCUGCCCUUCAUCCCGCGGGCGUUCAGGAUGCCCGACGAGAAGGAGGACCUGCUCAAGCAUGCGAAGCUCAACUCGGACCUCCUGUUCGUGCAGAAGUCCAACAACCAUCGCGGCAUUAAGAUCGAGAAGCUGGACGCCCUUGACCUGGGCGCCGACGGGUCCUUCGUGCAAGAGUUCGUGCACAAUCCCUUGCUGGUGGACGGGUACAAGUUCGACAUCGGCGUGUACACCAUCGUCACCUCCAUACAGCCUCUCAGGGUCUACAUCUACGAGGGGGAUGUGCUCUUCAGGUUCUGUCCCGUGAAGUACCACCCGUUCGACCCGGAGGUCCGGGACAAGUACGUCGUAGGGGAUGAUUACCUGCCCACGUGGAAGGUUCCCUCUCUUGCCAAGUACUACAAGGAUCUUGGUUUCGGCAUGAAGAGGUCCUUCGACGCUUGGCUGAAGUCACAGGAUAAGGACCCGGAGGUGGUGUGGGACGCCGUGCGGGAGGCCAUCCGCAACGUGUUCUACGGCAAGGAGAUGGCGCUGGUGCAGGCCACCAGCCACUAUCCGCGUUCCACUAACUUCUUCGAGAUGAUGCGCAUCGAUUUCGUUAUCGACGAUCAACUCAAAGUCCACCUGAUGGAGGCCAACAUGUCUCCCAAUCUCUCGUCGUCACACUUCAAGGAGAAUCGACUGUUGUACGAACAGGUGGUAUUCAACCUGCUCUCGCUGGUGGGCGUGGGGCGCGCAGUGCACUCCGCCUCCUUGGCUCCGAGCUCCCGGGAAGAGACGGAGAUGCAGGCGGCCCAGAAGGACGUCAUGGUGUUCCCCGAGCACUGCGCUGCCUCCUGCUCACUCGAAAAGGCCUGCGAUAAGGUGGAGUGCCAGCUGUGCAAGCCGUGCCUCAACAGCCAGCAGCAGGAGGACCUGACACGAGCCCUUCUGGAGCACCAGCGGCGGGGCAUGUGCCGGCGGGUGGUGCCGCCGUCCAUCCAGCACCACCACGCCCACGACCCUGCCAACAUGAGCGGACUUUCGCCUGAAAAUACUCUGCUGACGGAGUGGUUCCGCGGGCAGUGUCUGCUCGAUCAGGCGCUCUGCUCUUGAUCAGGCGCUCUGCUCUUGAUCAGGCCUCUGCUCGGCGUCUCACGUGUACUUUUAUUCUCGUAAAUUAUGCAACACUAAAGUGUCUCAAUCAAAGCAUAUGUUAGCGGUUGUGGAUGGAGCUGUGGCUGUGCAGUAGGAUGGGGCAGCGACGUAAGCCUCUAUGUGAUAAAGAUGCUAUUCAUUUAGAGAGUGAGUGAGUGAGUGUGCGUUUGUGUUUACAUUUACAUCAUCGCUUUUUGUUUGAGUUUUCAGUUAAUUCAGAUCUUUAACUAAUCAGAAGAUGCACGGGAGAGCUGUUAAACAUUAAACGAGACUAAAAUCGUGCCCAGAACUGAUUGUCCAAUCCGAUUCCUUGUUGUUAAUCUGGACAGACAAGAUGUCAUGUGCGUUGUUAGAUGACGAAGCAAAAGCAUUUGUGCCUUGUUUUCUCUUUAUUUCUGACGUUGCGACGAUAAAGCGCAAAGUUGGGGAUUGCCUGACAGAUGGCAGCUGUAUAUCUCUGCACAAUUCGUCGCACAUAUUUUUUGUACUUAUUAUGUAUGAUACUAUGUAUAGUUUAAGUCUGUUAUUAAUAAGUGCAAUUUAUUGUCACAAAGCAUAUGUUAUGAAAAAAAUAUGUAAUAAUGUAUUUUAUUAAGAUGAUUAGAUAUAGAAAAAGAUAAGUGUUUAAUAUAUGUAUAUUUUUGCUUGAAAUUUUCAUAGAAAUUAGUUUAACUUCACUUGUUUCUAUGGUAAUUGUAUUUUUGCAAUUUACAUAUACUUUAAAGUUUUCCUCACCGUAUGUUUAUUUGUUCUUAUCCAGAGGCUAUUGAACUGCUAAUGCAAUAAAUGGCCUUCUUGUUCGAGAUGUUAACAUAAUUCUUGUAUAGCGAUAUUCACUCACGCGUUACUUCACACGUACCUCGCUUGUAAGUAACGUCAUCAUCACUCCAUCACAAUAAAGGUAUUGUUUUAA